AUGGCCCAGGUCUACUUGCUGGUGGCAGGAGUGAUGCUCUGCUCCACUCCUGCUUGCUCUCUUGGGCAGAACUUGUCUGGGAUCCCUAGCCAAGAAAAUAGGGAAAUCUCCACAUAUUUGUGGUGGAUGAAAAGGAUCCCCUCUCAGUUGUGUCUAAAGGAAAGAACUGAUUUCAAAUUUCCCUGGAAACGAGACAAUAACACCCCAAUCCAGAUGACUCAAGGCACCUGUUACCACCAUCUGAUACUCCAGCAGAUCAGCAACCUCUUCAACACAGAGGAGAGCCGAGCUGCGUGGAACAACACCCUCCUUGAUCAACUGCUCUCUAGGCUUCAUCACAGCCUGGAACAACUGUGGAAGCAAAUGGACAAAGACAAUCUGGCUUGUCCCUACUGGGAAACUGUUGUCCGGAAAUAUUUCCAAGGCAUCCAUCGCUAUCUGAAAGGAAAGGAAUAUAGCCUCUGUGCCUGGGAGGUUGUCAGGGUCAAAAUUGGAGAGUGUCUCUCCCUCAUGUAA